CUCCGCCACACCCAAGAUGGCCCCCGGGGGCGGCCGCAGCGACGCGGUGGGCGCUGGGCGGGGAGUCCACAGGCGAUCGCCUCACGUGAGAGCUGAAAAGGGAAGAACCGGGACAGCGCGGGGCACUAAAGCCGGUGGGUUGCCGCCAGCUCCCCGGUGCCACUGCCUCGGCAGCGGCGCGUUCCAAAGCACCAGCUUUUCCACCAUGAGGACGCGAUGCCUGCUCCCCGCUCUGCUGAGCCUCUCGCUGGCGCUGCUGGGGCCUGGCGAUGGAGCCAUUGUGUUGUCAGUCCCUGAAGUGGUUUCUCUAGAAAGUGGAAGUUCAACAAAUGUCACUAUCUCUCUGAGGGCUCCACUAAACGAGACACUGGUGAUAACUCUUAAUGUUACACACUCCUCAAAGCACAGCACCAUUGUUGAACUUCCUGAUGAGGUACAGUUCCCUGCAGGUCACACUAAAGCAGACUUCCAAGUGAAAGCAGAUGAUGUGGGACAAGUAACAGUUUACCUUUAUCCCAAUAAUUCCAAUAUAACUGGGCCUAGGAUUCAAUUUCAAGUGAUUCACAGCAUCAUAGUGAGAUAUGCUGAUGAGGUGAUUGGCUGGAUCUAUUUUGUUGCCUGGUCCAUCUCCUUUUAUCCUCAACUCUUUGAGAACUGGCGACGGAAAAGUGUUGUUGGACUAAGUUUUGACUUCAUAGCAUUAAACCUUACUGGUUUUAUAGCAUACAGCGUGUUUAAUGUUGGGCUCUUCUGGAUUCCCUUGAUUAAGGAGGAAUUCCUGGUCAGUUAUCCCAGCGGGGUGAACCCUGUGGCCAUCAAUGAUGUUUUCUUCAGUCUCCACGCAGUAGCCCUGACCCUCCUCACCAUCAUUCAGUGCUGCAUCUACGAGAGAGCAGGUCAGAAAGUAUCCAAAGUUGUUGUUGGACUCCUGGCACUUGCAUGGAUCUUCACCUUCACAACGCUGUUCCUGGCUGCAGCUGAGGUGAUGACAUGGCUGCAGUUCUUGUUCUGCUUCUCCUACAUUAAGUUAGCAGUCACACUGAUCAAAUACUUUCCACAGGCCUACAUGAACUUCCGUCGGAAGAGCACUGAGGGAUGGAGUAUUGGAAAUGUGUUACUGGACUUCACUGGGGGAAGCUUCAGCCUUCUCCAGAUGUUUCUGCAGUCAUACAACAAUGAUGAGUGGAGGUUAAUCUUUGGAGAUCCAACCAAGUUUGGCCUGGGUGUCUUCUCCAUCAUCUUUGAUAUUGUUUUCAUGGCCCAGCACUACUGCCUGUACAGGAGACGAGGGUAUGAACCUUGUGAAUAACCAACCUCACUUGUGGAGACCCAAACUUUAAACUGAACUUGGCCCUACCCUGUCUGAGGGGUUUCAAGAUUCUUGCUGCCAGUUACCAGAAACACUGAUUCUGAUCUCUGUCUGUGACUUGAUACUCUCUGGGCUGGAACACAAACUGUUGCCUUGCCAAGCAUUGGCUGCCAGAUGCCUUAAGGAUAGCAAGCUCCCAGCUGCACAUGGGGGACUCGUGCCUGUUGGAGCUGCACACACAGCUCAGAGGGAGCUGUCCAAGCAACACAUGGCUCUUUUUCCACCAACCAUAGGGAAGAGAAAGACCAAAGUGAUGUCUUUCUGAUUGGAGGUGAAGCACAAAGAGCAGAGUUCUGUCUUCCAAAAAUCUGAGAUACUGUUUAAGCAACCACUUAAUACCUUUAAGUAAUGACUGAAGACUGUCUGUGGAUCCAAGUGCUGCUGCUGACCUUUCCCAGACAGCUCACAGUCCACCACCACUCAGGCUGACCACAGUGGUACAUCACAGUAAUGGAGUUGGUAACAAAUGCACAAAUAUUACAAUUUGAACUCUUUAUUAAAUAAAUUUCCU